AUGGUGAACAUCACGGACAAGAUCAAGGAGAUCGAGGAUGAGAUGAGGAGGACGCAGAAGAACAAGGCCACUGAAUAUCAUCUGGGACUGUUGAAAGGAAAGCUUGCGCGGCUCCGAGCUCAGUUGUUGGAGCCUGGUCCGGGCUCAGGCGGUGGUCCGGGUGCGGGCUUCGACGUGAGCAAGAGUGGUGAUGCUCGAAUAGCACUCGUGGGCUUUCCCUCGGUAGGAAAAUCGACAUUCUUGUCCAAGGUCACCAAGACGAGGUCAGAGGUGGCCUCGUACGCCUUCACGACAUUGACGGCAAUUCCCGGUGUACUCGAGUACGGUGGAGCGGAGAUCCAGCUGCUUGAUCUUCCCGGAAUCAUCGAAGGCGCUGCCGAGGGCAAAGGGCGAGGACGGCAGGUCAUCUCAGCUGCCAAGACGAGCGAUCUCAUCUUGAUGGUGCUGGACGCCACCAAGAAGGCGGAGCAGAGGGCCUUGCUGGAGGCCGAGUUGGAGGCAGUGGGCAUUCGGCUGAACAGAGAGCCACCAAACAUCUACCUCAAACCCAAGAAGGCCGGCGGCAUGAAGAUCACCUUCCAAACCCCGCCAAAGAAUCUGGAUGAGAAGAUGCUCUACAACAUCCUUCGCGACUACAAGAUUCUGAACUGCGAGGUUCUCGUCCGUGACGAAAACGUGACGGUCGAUGACUUCAUCGACGUGAUCAUGAAAGAUCACCGCAAGUACAUCAAGUGCCUGUACGUCUACAACAAGAUCGAUAGCGUCUCUCUCGACUUUCUCGACCAACUAGCGCGCGAGCCGCAGACAGUGGUCAUGAGCUGCGAGCUGGAUCUGGGCAUACAGGAUGUCAUCGAUCGUUGUUGGAAAGAGCUGAAUCUCAUUCGUAUCUACACGAAGCGGAAAGGUAUCGAGCCGGACUUCAGCGAGGCGCUGAUUGUGAGGAGCAACAGCACGAUUGAGGAUGUCUGUGACAGGAUCCACCGGACACUCAAGGACACCUUCAAGUACGCCCUCGUCUGGGGAGCGAGCGCUCGGCACAUUCCGCAGAGAGUAGGGUUGGGCCACCCCGUAGCCGACGAGGAUGUGGUUUACAUUGUGAGCGGAUGGAAGGCUUAG